UUUAUAUUUUCCUGACUUCCUUUCUUUUCUUUUCUUUUCUAUAAUUCAAGAUUUUGUUGAACUACAUUAAGAUAUCCCUUAAAUUUUCUAUCAAUGGAGUGGUCUCCUCAAUAUGCCAUGGAAGCUUACUUGCACACUCUACAACUGUCUAAGAGAUACAGCAACGAAGGAAGCACAAAACUCAUAGAACCCAAAUACAUGGAGUUUGUAUCAGCUUUAGCAGCUGGGAAGCAAGCCAGAUUAAUGAUGGAGAUAACCACACAAGGGAUAACUCCAUUAACAUUAUCCUUAGCAGUAGCAGCAAAGCAAACAGGAGGGAAGCUCAUCUGCAUUCUUCCUCAUGAUCAACAUGAUUUCAAGAAAUGCAGAAACCAUCUUCAAGAUCUUGAAAAUGUGAUUGAAUUUGUUCAUGGAAAUCCUUUCCAAGAAGCCAUGCAAUACAAGAAGAUAGAUUUUCUUGUUCUGGAUGGAAAAUUGGAGGGUCAUUUGAAGUUGCUGGAGAUGGUUGAUCUUAACCCAACUGGGUGUAUCAUUGUAGGGCAUAAUUUGCAGUACGCAGAAUAUGGGGUUUCUUUUGGUCAGGUGUUGAAUGGGAAGAAAGGAGUUGAUCAGUGUGUGACUUUGCCUAUAGGAGAAGAAAUGGAGUUGACAAGAAUUGAAUCUUUCACCAAGAGAAAGAGCAAGAGAUGUAAGAGAUUUUAUGAGACUUUUGAGAAUUGAGCUAAAUUAUUGGUAUUUGAAUUCAAUAGCAAGAAAACAAAUUGUAAAUUUAAUAAUUUAUUGGGUAAAAGCUUAAUAUUUUUGGUA